UGUUAACGUUGUUUUUCGUCAGUGUUUUUUUUUAAGGUAUACAGCAUGCAGUUUUCCAAUAUCUGCUGAAAUAUCUCACAAUUCUUUGUGUGCCGACUCAGUUUGAUCUCGACGCUUAACCGAAAAUCGUUGAUAUUUCACGAAAGUGGAGGCGCAGAAGGUCACAGCUAUUAUAGGCCUCGCGGCAAGCCUCACACGGCGCAUGGAGAUAAAGUGCACGGGGAGAUCCACACGUCUGUGGCACUCCUCUCCAUAUUAAACCGGAGAAAGAGAGGCAGGAGCCUAGAGGCGGAUCCAGACAACGGAGACGAAAACGCAGAACGCUUUCGCAAGAAAAUAGUUCGCGAUGCGCUGAAUCAUCUCUUCGAAACAUUCGCUUGAUGUUUAUUGACGGCAUUGUGUUCCUAGCUACUUAAUAAUAUGACCUCAAUGGAGAGCGACAAGUGCUGGCAAGAAUGUAUGGAUGUUGCUGUUCAAAUAGCACGUAGCGCCGGCCAGGUGGUGCGGGAAGCAGUGAAACAGGAGAAGCGCGUGAGCACUAAGAGCACUCCAGCGGAUCUGGUGACCGAGGCCGACCAUCAGGUGGAGGAGCUGAUCAUCUCCACCCUCAGGGAGAGGUUCCCUUCACACAGAUUCAUUGGUGAGGAGUCCUCUGCUGCCGGGGAGAAAUGCAUCCUAACAGACAGCCCCACCUGGAUAAUUGAUCCCAUCGAUGGAACCUGUAAUUUUGUCCACAGUUUUCCUAUGGUGGCUGUAAGCAUUGGUUUUGCUGUGAAAAAAGAGCUUGAAUUUGGCGUCAUAUACCAUUGCUUUGAAGAGACCUUAUACACUGCUAGAAAAGGCCAGGGGGCCUUUUGCAAUGGCCUAAGGCUUCAGGUAUCAAAGGAAAAAGAUGUUUCCAAAGCCCUGAUUUUAACUGAAAUUGGAGCCAAGAGAGACCCCAAAACUCUCAAGAUCUUUUCAGGGAACAUUGAGAAGCUGCUGAGCGCGCCUGCUCAUGGGGUCCGAAUAAUUGGCAGCUCCACACUGGCUCUGUGCCAAGUGGCCACUGGAGCGGCUGAUGCCUAUUACCAGUAUGGGCUUCACUGCUGGGACAUCGCGGCAGCUGCGGUCAUCAUCCGGGAGGCUGGGGGCGUUGUGAUUGACACCUCAGGGGGGCCCCUUGACCUCAUGUCCCGCAGGGUUGUCGCCGCUGGAUCCCAGGAGAUUGCCAGUUACAUUGUUCAGCAGCUGCAGCCAAUCAGCUACGAGCGAGACGACAAUGGGCACAGCACACAGUGAUGUCAUCGUGGACUAUUUCACAGGCUUGGAGACAGGCUCUCCAGUCCAGCAUUCACAGCCUCUUACCUCCAAUCAGAAAGUCCUGCCACAGAUGGAGUCCCUCCUGCACUGUAGGUCAACUUCUUCUUAAACAAGUCUAUUCUACUUCAGGAGAUAACAGAAAAAAUAAAUGUGUUGCUAGGUGAAAAAUAGCAAGUGUGUUCAGAAUCAGGUUUUUCAUAUGCACAGAAUAUAGUGUGUCACUAAGAUAGCGAAAUGGAAUGAUGAAACUUUACUGUCAUUCUUGCAGAGUAAAGGCAUACCAACUCCAGCUCUCCCUCUGACCUGAGUCUGAUUAUAAGCCAUACAACUAAAAUUUGCCCAUGUGAUUAACAAUGAAACUGGAAGGGAAUACAUACUGUAGAAGUGUGCAUCUAUAUAGAUAACUACUGUACACAUACACACAACUAGCCAUUUUUUGAUUCACAAACCUUUUUUAAUGUCAUGGUCCAUUUGGGUGUUUUUCUGUACAUAUUUGGUGAAACAAAAAAACAUGUUCAAAACAUGUUUCUAAUGAAUCUUUACUUUUUUACGGAGUACCUUCUUUUUCAAAAAGUUGUCAUAAUUUCUAACUGCAAUUUGGUUAUUGCAUUUUUUUUUUCGAUAUUGCAUUUUUUAAAACAUAUUAUUGCAUAAAAUCAGGAUCAGUACACUCCGGCACUGCAAGUGUUGUUAGAUUUUAAGAAUUGAUUGUGUAAGUUAUCUAUAAUACAUAAUAUUAGGGUUAUGGAAAAAAUAAUGCAGUAGAAACACUAUAUAAUGUGUGUAAGAUAUUUUGUACUGGUGUUUUGUCUGCAAUCUUAAAAGAACUGACAUCCCCAGAUAUCCAGACAACUGAAACAGCAGUUAACAUAAAAAUAUCAAAAAUUGAUCAGAAUCAUAAGACUAUAAUGUAGAAGUGGAUUGUAUUGAUAUUGAAA